CAACUCAAUGCCCAAGCCGGGAACUGAACAGAAGUCCAUAGCUAUAGUGGUGAAGCAGUUUAGUGUAGUGGUUGUAGUUUACCAAAUAGUGGGUUGAAUAGUGGCCUGCUACUAUGUCUCUCUAUCUGGGAUUUGAAACACUGGAAAUAAGUUAGAGCUUAUGAAAAGUUUAUAUUAUGCAUAAUCAUUUCUGAUAUAAGGUUUCAAUAGGCCAAUAUUUUGAUACAAGUCAAUGGGAGAUAUUGUGCAUAACCAUCAGAUUGAAAUGAGACAAUAUGAUAAUCCCAAAUAAGCUCUACUUAAUCGUUUCUGAUAGUCUUUCAAGUUUCAAUUAGCUUAUAUUCUGUUGUCAUUGGUAAAUGUCUUUGUCUUAACUUAGUCUUCAACAACAGGGGAUGUUAAGAGAUUGCUUGUACACAAAACUGGUUUACAGCCUGAAGAGCAACGACUCUUCUUCAGAGGAGAAGAAAAGGACAAUGAAGAGCAUUUGCACACUGAAGGUGUGACUGACAAAUCAAAGCUUUUGCUUUUGGAAGAUGCUGCCAGUGAGGAGAGUAGACUUGAAGAAAUUAGAAAACACAAUGAAAUGUUAAAGGCUUCUGAAGCUGUUGCUGGAGUCAGAGCAGAGGUGGACAAGCUCGCUGAAAGGGUGUCUGCCUUGGAAGUGGCUGUGGAUGGAGGGACCAGGGUUUCUGACAAAGAGUUUUUGAUGUCCACGGAGUUGCUUAUGAGACAAUUGCUGAAAUUGGAUGGUAUUGAAGCUGAAGGUGAAGCCAAGAUUCAGAGAAAAGCCGAGGUAGAGUAUUUAUGUUGUUAAAUAAAUUUUAACUAU